AGUUUCGGCCAUUUUAGCAUAACAAGGACGUUUCUUGCAUUUUGUAGCGUGAAGAUUGGUGCUUUCAUUUGUCGGCGGUUUAAAGAAUUCCUUCGAUAGGCAUUUGGAAAAAAAAUGUGAUUUGUUUACCUGAAUGUAAACCUAAACAUCUGACAGUGAGAGAAAACAAUCAUGGAUAGCACUGAUCAGCCUAAUUCCAUCUGUCAGGUGGAACGGAUCGAAAUGUAUCAGUUACCCCCAUCCGAUCCGAAGCUUUCUCUCCCCUUCAAUCUUUUGGAGGGGGAGGCAGUAGAGCAUCAUGGUACAUCAAGGGACGGUCUGAUUCUCAUUACCAACUACAGACUUUAUCUGCAGAUAGCUAGGAAUCACCAUCAUGUACCUUUAGGUCUAAUCGAAACUGUUGAACAAAAAGAACUGUUCUAUGUAUACAUUGGAUGCAAGGAUUGCAGAACGUACAAGUGUACGUUUGAGAAUAAUGAUUCAUGCUUAGAAUGGUAUGACAAAUUACUAAAGGCAGCAGAACCACCCAAACAACUGAAUCAACUUUUCGCGUUUUUCCACUUUGCCCACUUUAGAGCUAAUGACGACCGCGUCCAAAAGCCCUACUGUUUUGAUUUGAACAGUUUUACAAUUGAAAUGGACAGACUGCAGUUUGAGAAGUCUUUGUGGCGUAUAAGCAAAGUAAAUGUCAACUAUGAGGUUUGUCCAAGUUACCCACCUUAUCUUCUGGUACCAAAAGACAUAGAUGACGAAGAACUGAAGAAGGUUGCCAAAUUCAGAAGUUCCCAGAGGAUACCAGCCGUUGUUUGGAGACAUACCAAAAACGGUGCUGUUGUGGCCAGAUGUAGUCAACCUGAAGUUGGUUGGUUUGGAUGGAGAGGUGAAGAAGAUGAAAAGUUGCUACAAUUGAUUUCCAAGAGCAUUGACAACACAAAACAGGAAAAAAAGGUUCUUAUUUUGGAUGCCCGCUCUUACGCAAUUGCUGUGGCUAAUAGAGCUCGAGGUGGCGGUUGUGAAUGCCCCGAAUACUACUCCAACUGCGAGAUCCAGUUCAUGAACCUGGCUAACAUACAUUCCAUUCGAAAGAGUUUUCAGGCUCUUCGCCUUCUCUGCACCUCCUCCACAGAUCAAACAUGGCACAGCCAAUUGGAGAAUACCAAGUGGCUGCAGCACAUGUCCGGUCUUAUGAAGGCUGCCGUUACACUUGUAACAGCAGUAGAUUCUGAUGCAAGAUCUGUCAUGGUGCAUUGUUCAGAUGGCUGGGACAGAACACCUCAGAUAGUAGCUUUGGGUGAGCUCUUGCUGGAUCCAUAUUAUAGAACUGUGGAUGGAUUCCGUGUACUGAUUGAAAGAGAAUGGUUGGCCUUUGGACAUAAAUUUGCUGACCGUUGCGGUCACUCAACAGGAAGCGAAGACUUGAAUGAGAGAUGUCCUGUUUUCUUGCAGUGGUUGGAUUGCGUUCACCAGCUCCUCAAACAGUUUCCAUGCGAUUUUGAGUUCUCUGAAGCAUACUUGGUUAAACUCGCUCAACACAUCUAUUCCAAUCUGUUUGGUACUUUCUUAUGCAACACACUACAGGAUCGAUUAAAAAUUGUCAACAACAGAACCUUCUCAGUUUGGGAGUUCCUCAAUUCCCCAAGAUUCAAAAAUCAUCUUUAUGAACCCUCAGGAAACUUUACUAUGCCAAAGGUCAUUUGGCCUCUAACCAAUGUUAGAGAUCUCUAUUUAUGGAGGGAGGUUUAUUUGGGAACGAUGGAGGCAAAUUUUAGAACAGAUUGCGGUUCAGAGUCCUGUCCAGGUCCACCUGAUAUCUUAGCUUACCACAUGACAAAGACAAGGUCAUACAAUGAUCUUGCAGCAAUGUCAGACUGUUACCAAGGUCAUUUCAGACGAAGCAGUGAUCCCAGUUUGAAUAUUGAAAAGAAGCUGAACUCGGUUUCGCUUCAAGAAGGUCAAGAACCCACCCACAUACACGAAAAUGGCGUCCUAACUCUCAACCGUACCUCAGAGCUUGAGGAUUCUAAUGAUUUCGUGUUUGAGAAGGUUGGACCCAAAGACACUCACGACCUAGAGAACGGACAUCGUCAUCACCACGGAGACGUUGUCAACGACCUACAAACGUCCACAGAAGGUCGUGAUAGAUACUCCACGAUCAACAGUGAGGACGAGCUGCUCAAUGGUGAACCCUUCUUGUUUGAGAACAUGACGAUGGACGUCAAAAACGAUCAUGCAGAUCGCGGUCCUGAUAGUGAAUGCGAACGUGUUGUUACCGACCGCGUGGAUGAGAGAACUAAGGACGACGGUGGCGCCGCGGAUGUAGUGGACGGCGGCGAAUCGAAGAUGGAGGUUAAGUCUGACGAAAGUGUUUACCGCGGGACGGUUGAUGCCGCAGCUGCAUCCGAGCCUAUUCCAGUGCCGUCGUCUAAAAAGGAUAGUGCGGAUAAAUCGAUCGAGACUAGCUCGGAAACGCUGGUUUCAGAAAAUCUGUUUAGUAGUUCAUCCCCAAGAGACAUAAACGGAUUUGAAAAAAUCAAUGCACCCUCACAACCCAUCGAUAUACCUGCAAGUAGCGCCAGCAAAAGGAGCUGUGAGAACGGAGUUAUUAGUUUGAACAGCGACUUUGUGGUCGUACGAAACUGGAAGUCAUCCUCUUCUUAUUGCAGCAAUCAUUUCGCCGAACAGUUGAAUUUAAGUUCCUCCGAACUCUCCAACUCUCCCCUUUUCUCAAGAACAUCCAGUAGCAACGGUUGGGACAACACCCUCAGCAGCUUGCAAAGACAGAACACUUGUCAGUAUGUUCAAUAUCAUUUGGGAGAAGACGGAUUGAUACCUCUUCGAUCUUAUAUCCAGGAAAGGAUAUCCAAAAUAAUAGAAGAAGGAAAGAAAAAAGAAGAAAAGUUGGAGAAGGAGAUUCAUACAUACAGGCAAGUCCUUAUUAACCAGUGGUGUCUCAAGUGUUGCGGCGAGAAGAUUGACGACAACGGGUCGGUUAUUGAGUCUGUUGGUUCGGCAGGUGAGGGCGAAGCAUCAGCUGUGGAAUCGCUGCCAUCCGACAAGUCUUGGGAGAACCUUGAGUACUCCAUGUACAGCGAGAUGCAGGGCAUCAAGUGGGUGCCAGAUCAUGCGGUCACAAGAUGCACGAACUGCAACAUCAAGUUUUGGAUAGGCAAGAGGAAGCACCACUGCAGAAAAUGCGGGAAUAUUUUCUGUGCAGACUGUUCAGAAAAUAGUACUCCAUUACCUUCAGAGCAGCUCUAUGAUCCUGUUCGAGUGUGUACGGGAUGCUACAACAAACUACAAAGAGACUGUACAGAUAUGCCAAGUCAGUGUAAACAGGGCUCGUGCGCUCAGACCACAAGCAACCAGCAAAUCGCGGCAUCCAGCAAUUAAAAUUCUUCUAUGUCCUUUUUAUUAAUGUAAAAAUGAUGAAGAAAUGCUUGAUAGUCAGGACAAACUCCGAUUAAAAUCGUGAGAACGGUGUUUUAGCUGUUUCUCUGUGUGACCACGUAUGUUCGGGCACCUUUGUUUUUGUAUCUUGUCAAUUUUUUUUGACGUUUGACAGAUGCAUGUGAGGUUAUGAUUGUUGUUUAGAAACGUUGCAAAAUGAGGUUAGAAGAUGGAUAGAAAGGAAGGUGAUGAGUGAUUUUCUUAUAAAGUUGUAUAUGAAAAAUUGUGAAUUGUUUGUGAGAUACUUCGAAAUAGGGGUGUUCAAGAUCAACGGUGGCUAAUGAAAUGAAUUUUUUCGAAAUUUUGCUUCUUCGAAAGUUAGAAUUGACAAAUAAAGAGUUAGACAAUGGGUUCAGCAAAACAUAAAUUAUCAAAACAUGAACUAAGCUUUCUACAAGCACCAUUUCAUUGAAGGAAUCUAAACAGCACUGUAAGAUUUGUUGAUGUUUUUAAUUUAAUGGUCAUAUACAAAUUACAUUCAUUUUGGGGACAAUUCAUAUAUGUAUCACCUUUAAAAUUCCAUUUUACUUAUGAUGCAGUCACCAAAAUUUAAAUUAAUUUUCUGUUACUCGAUAUCAUUCUGGAAGAUGAUGGAUGAUACUAUUAUAAAAUAUUUAAUUUAAUGCAAGAUCAUCUGUCAGUGAAAUAGAAAAUAAAUUUAAACCUCUCAAAGUUAUUAAACAAGACCUAAAGAGUGUCCACAUCAAUUGAAAGUAGUAUAUUGUUAUAUUCUUUCAUAUUGGUCAUAUAAAUGUUAACCAGACAUUGUUAAAUAAAAAUUCAGAUAAAAUAUCAAAUAAUCUUUUUAUCUUUCAUGACAAAAUGAUUUACUGCUUUACUAUGACCAAAUAUAAAAAAUUUGGUUGCUAUUUAAACAAACUACUGAACUUAUAGUACUAUUUUGAUGGUAUACUAGAGAAAAAUCAAUUGAAUUCAUUGAAAUAUUGAAGCCGCCAUUGAUGAACCAAAAAAACACUGAACUACAACUUGAAGGAUAGACUUAAUAAAACUAAAAAAAUCGAGAUUAUAUAAAUCUGAGUAGGUUUAAGUACUAAGAAACACUGUGAUGCAAUGGAAAUGAUUGUAUACUAAUAAAAAAGCACUAGUUGACAAGGAAACAAAGAAGUUGAUAUAUCAUUGUAUUUAAUUUUUAGUGAAUUCCAGAUUCAUCAUUAAGUGUUAUGUGUUUUUGGAUGUACUAAGGAAAUAUUGUACAAUAAUGUUGUUGAACAAGAAAUUACUGAAUAUUUUAUGGAGCUAUUGAGGCUUGGAACUUGCCGUAAAGAUUAUUUUAUAUACUAUGUGUAUAUAGAUUUCCUUAGAUUUUAUGUUCCAAAAUAAUAAAAUAAUCAUUGAAAGAGUGAAAACUUAGUAUAUUUUUCACUUCUGAAUUCAACAUAUGCAUUGGUUUGGGGUUUUAUUGAUGGCAUUUUUGUUUGUCAUUUUAUAAUCUUUGAGCUUGAUGUAUUUGUUAGAAUUUUCAUUCUAUAAUGAAUUUCUAGAAACUGCAACAAAAUAUUUAGCAAAGAAAAGGGUUGCCAUCUUCUAAUGAACAUUUCCAAAUUGCUUCUACAGAUCAAGAUAAUGCAAAAAUAGAUUAAUGACGAGCUAUAAAACAAUUGCAGAAUAUGAAUGGUUGGCAUUGCUUGGAUCAUAAGAAAUAGCUUCAAAUGAAAUUGAUAGUAGCCCUGUCCGCCUUCUUUGUUCAUUCUCAUUUGGUUAUUCAAUAUUUACAACUGCAUGUAGUCUUUUUUUCACAUUUCAUUUAUACUUUUUGAUGUAAUAAAUAUGAUUAAAAUCAAGUCAAUAAGUA